AGUUGUUUUUCACAUCGCUAUGGACCACACGUCCUGAAUUUUUCGUCUACAUUUUAAUUUUUAUUUUGUUCAAAAAACAUCACAUUUAGAAUAAAAAAUCGAUUUCAUUGCAUUUUAGUUGUAAAAAAAAACAUAAUUUUUUGAUGGUGCUCAUAAUUAACGGAUCCGUUUGACCGAAUUUACGAAUUUUCUUUCUUGUGAAUGGUUAUAAGAAAUAUGCCAAAGUGAAUGAACGUCUGUAGGUCACUGUGAUGUGAACGAAUGAAAAAGGAGAAAAAAAAAACAGUGUCCUCCCGUCUAGAAUAUAAUAAUUUUCGUAAUUACAAGCCCAACCGGAAUACAAACGAAUUUUUUGAAGCACUUUUUUUCGGCAAAUUACAUUUUCGUACAACGAAUUUUGAAAUAGAAGAAAAUUUCAUUCGCAUAUUGUAGUGAUGAAACAUAAUUUACUGUAUUAAGUUGCUGCUUUUUGGCGACUAACUAAGAAUGACAACAAUAUUGAAGAGCGGAGGUCUUCAGCAUGCAUAUUCGCUUGGAAAUAUUGAAACAUCGUCUAAGCAUAGCCAUUUUUCAUCGCGUAGCUACGAUUCGGAAGAUGAAAAUGUGGGGAGAAGACGUAAUCCGUCAGCACCAUAUCCAAAGCCAUCCAUAUACUCGAAGGCAGAUAUUCAAGAGCAGUAUUGCUUAUCGGAGCGGCAGUUGAACACAGUUGAGCAACCACGACGAGAUGGAUUUUUCGGGUGUUGGUCGAAUCGGGGUAACCAACAGUCUUUUUUGAGUGUUUGUGUAGGUCGUCGUCAUCCGUCUGACGAAAAUUUAGCUGAUUAUGCACCGUUCCACAAGUAUCCAAAAUAUCCGCGCACCAACAAUAGAAACAUCAUUCAGAACGAAGAUGAAAUAGAAAAUUUCCACUUUCGCCGUCGACCAACGUCCUUUCUCUGCAGCAACGAUCCGAAACGAUUCACAUGGAUGGCUGCGGAGCAAGAAGCCGCAAUCGCAGACGUAACAAGAGGUUAUCGCUGUCCAUCGCACGUUGGAGUUGCAACAUCAGCUACACCAUCGAAUUUGAUGUCAACGGACAGCGUUUCUGUCGUUGCUCCAAGAACGAAGCAUGUGAGCUUUGCGCGUUCGCAUACGCUGACCUCAUUUGAAGAUCUAACGGUUGACCGUUCCGUAUCACGAUUGAGCACAACAAAAAGUCAAGAGCGUUUGAUUGGUGGCAAAAAAGCAAGAAGCUCAACCGAGCACUUACAUCACCAUCAAUUACAUCAUGGUCACCAAUAUGCUCAAGAGAAACCGAAAUUGCAGGAUAGUCCAGCUUUACCACUGACGAAUGUGGUAAAACUGAAGACCAAUUCGGAGUUGAUUGAAAAGCUAAAGCGUAAUGUGAAGAAAACACAGGCCACGCAAACGGAUGUGUUUGCAUCGCGAAAGCUUUCGUUUAGCAGCAACAUGUCGAUGAGUCCACGAAGCGCACAUCGCACUUGCAUCAAUGGAAACAUACUUGGCCGCAAGCUAACGAAAAGUUUGUCAGAAGCCAUGACUCGACGGAUUCAGGACGAACCGUCGAUAAAUACGUUUCCGAAUUACAUAAAUCAUGAUUUACUGCAUCGAACUCAGUCAGAGGAACCGCCUCGUUCUCCGCGUGAACUGCUCGAACAACAACGAUCGAUUUUCAGCACAUUCGACAUGUAUUCCCAACCGAGUGAUUUGGAAACGUCAAAAAGUGACAUUUUCAUGUCUGAACACACACAUGGCCAUUCGCGGAAUCUAUCGCAAGCCAGUGGUAUAUCGGAUCGUUCGAUAGACUCACAUGAUAUUGCUGCACUUCAGUCGAACAACAAUUUCAUUGACCCUGGUUUGGUGAAUACCACUGGCUGUAUCGAUUUCAUGGAGACAGCAACACAGUUGCACUACAAUUCGAAUAGUUUGCCGCGCCGAAAAUGUUUCUACCACGCGAUUGAGUACCAAACCAACAGUUUGCCAAGGAAACAUGCCAAUCAAUAUGAUUUCGAUGGCAAUGAAACAACCAAUGAUGCAACCGAACGAAUCAAAGCCAGUUUGAAUCAGUUUCGAGUCCACGGAACAUUUUCACUCGAUAGCAAUGCCAGUUCAAAUCAAAGCGUUGACUAUACAAAACGACGGUAUUCUUGUGCCAUACCCGAAACGUUGCGACAUUUGAAUGAAAGCGAUUUCGAAGAUUUGCAAUCGAUUGUGCGCCGGAAUUCAGUCAAUGUAUUCUACACACGAGCUCAAUCCGAUGACGAUGACGACGAUGUCGAAUCUGAAACCGAAGAGUAUUGCUCCACGUGCGACUCAGGGGAGGAGGAGGAGCAGGAGGAGCAGGAGGAGGACGAAGAAGAAAAUUUGCGAGAUGAAAAGGAAAUUUUCAUCGAUUUUAAGCCAAGCAUGUCGCCGACACAGAGUCCGUAUGGACGCAAUGUGCGAUUGCAAAAGACUCGGUCUGAAGGUGAAAUAAUGUGCGAAAAACGACGUGAAAUCAAUCACAACGAUGUACCAAUGGUAUCAACGAGUGAAGAAGAGCUCAAAGUUUCGGACAACGACAACGAACGCUAUUCGUAUAGUCCGUUUCCGAUCAAAGAUGAGAGUGUUUGCGAUAAAGAACACUAUUUGAAAUUGCCCAAAGAUAAAAUGACCAGUGGAAAGAAUCGGCGUGAAGCCUUCCGCAAUCGUUCGAUUAGUUUAGAGCAAUCAGCGGUACCCGAUGACAAUGAUAGUGCUGGUAACAGAUCUGGUGAUUCGAAACCAACAUCGCCAACUGAUAAAUACAAAAACAUAUCAUUCCCUUCAUCUGAUUCUUUGGCAAAUGAUUUGACCAGAGAUCAUUCCGACGGCAAUUGGAAUGAAUCGCAAGUGACUGUUCUUCAAGUCGAUCCAAAUGCAAUUGAUUCUGGAAAAGCCCUGUUGACACCCAGUGAAAAGCGGAAAAAUCUUAUUUUGCAGCAUCAGCAACGAAGUUCAAUGGACACCGAAGCCAUUGAUAUCGAGGACCAUUCAUAUGACCAGUCUCAUAUGCAACUAAAAACGCCAACGAUAUCUGCAUCUAUACCGCAGUCACAGAGCCCAUCACGCCAAUCAUUUGAUACAUUACGUAAGCCAUUGCAUAUGCCAUCGAUUGCUGUAACUCCUUCAACAUCAUCCACUCAAUACGAUGAGGACAACGAAGAUGUUGACAUGUUCCAAAAGCCAACGAUUAAAGUUGACCCCAUUCGAAGUGAUGUUCGUCGCAAAAGUGCUGAUCCAAUCGAACCCAUCUAUUCAAAUAUAACGAAUGAGUUACAGAGAAGUGCUCCGAUUGUUAAAUCAUCGUCGGAUCAGCAACCAUUCAUUCAUCAUUCAGAGCCAAGGAGAAUUGCCGCAACCGACAUUUCGGAAGGUAGUGGUACAAAUACUGAGGACUACAUAACAUGCACAGAUGCAUCGAAACGAGGUAUUGUCGCAUCAUCUACAUGUACAACGCAAAUGCCAGUCGCUGCCCAAGGCUCGCAAACAUUAACACAGAAUGGUUCAUCGUUUGAAAGUGCAUCGUCCAUUUAUAGUUUGGCAAGAGUAGAAAAUAUUUGUGAAGAUGCACCAACCACAACAGUUGAGGAUACCUUACCUUUGCCACCGCAACCAUCUGGAAAGCCUUCUCCGUCCCAUUCCAUCAGCAGUAGCUCAUCCGGAAGUUACUUCAAUGGCAAAAAAGCGAUUAAAUCAACAUCACCACGAGGCAGCGUCGUUGUGCCACAACAACCCGUUGCUACGACAUCGAAAACCAACACCGAAUCCAUUUCUGACGACGAAAAAAGUGAGAAACGAUACUCAUCGUCAGGGUACUAUGAAAGUCCACAUGAUGACGAACCAUGCCGUUUGCGAAAACAACGUGACUGGAAUGAAGACGAUCGACGCCGAAGAAAAGAAAAAAUGCGAUUGGAUAUUGAGAAGGAGAACAUGAAAUCAUUGACGUCUCCAACCAAAAAACCGAUUUGUUUCAAACGCAUUUCGCCCGACGAUCGAACCGCAUUGCACAUUUUGGAUGGCACAUCCCAAGCAAAAACCAAGAGAAUCAGACCAAAAACACGACGUUCACCCAGAGUACGAAACCCAAAUGAAGAUCCGAUAACUCGUAAAGUGCGAACACCCGUAGCCUGCGGAGCUGAGCAUAUUACAGUUGAUAAAUCCGACAAUAGAACUAUCCCGUCCAAAUACGCACAUCUAUCACCAUCACAAAAAUCGUCACCGAAAAAACGAGCUGAUCCAUCGCCCGAAAAGCGGCUCAAAGCACUUUCGACCGAAUCAUUGCGAUCGGUUUCUCCUGGAUCUGAUUCCGUGUUUUACAGCGAAGUUGAUGUACACUGUCAUCAUUGUGGAAAAGAGGUGGAAAUCAUAGCGGCCGUGGAUGACACGAAACCAGAAAUUUUGGCACAAGAAGAGGCUCCGGCAAACAUUGUUAAACCACCAGCUGAUUUUGCCGAUUCUCCGGAAGGUGCACGCCAGCCACAGAGAAUCUAUAAAAAGCUUGACCGACGACUUCGAUCAGAAGAGAGACAUGGCGAACGAAAACACUAUCGCAGCCGUCAGGAGAGUACGCGUGCCAAAAGCGAAGAGCGUGGAAAAGACGAAACAAGCAAAGAGCAAUCGUUGCGAGCGGCUGGUUCCAGUCCAUGUGUCGUCGUUGAUAAUUCGUUUAAUGUACGCAACAACAUUGCGGAUCCCGAGCAAGGCAUCUAUCAUGGCCUGUACCGGCUUGGCAUGUGGAUAUGCAUCACUGACCGUGAUGUCUGGCACCGCAACGAAUUUCCUUUCAAUGAAGAACGAGCAAAAGAUCUACUGACUGAUCGUCGACCUUCAACCGAAUCGGAGAAAGAUUUCCGCAAAAAGUACCAGGCGAUUACUCAUCGAUUGGUGCAUCGCAAGUCGACUUGUGAAAUGUAUCGUCGACAGUCUAGCAACUCAUUUAAUACCGACAAAACUAUAAUUGUGCGUCGCGAAUCUGGUGAAUUUGGAUUUCGAAUACAUGGCUCGAAGCCAGUUGUCGUUUCAGCAAUUGAACCAGAAACACCGGCAGAAUCAUCUGGUCUCGAGAUCGGAGACAUUGUUUUGUCGGUGAAUGGUGUGUCAGUGAUCGAUAAAAGUCAUUCAGAGGUCGUUAAAAUUGCACACGCUGGCAGUGAUGUGCUGGAACUAGAGGUGGCACGAACGUUUGGUGUAUUGAAUAAUGAAGCGGCCGAAGCGCCGAGUCCAUUUUUGUAUUCUGGAUAUUUAUGGCGACAGGGACACGAUAAUCAAGUGUGCAGUAAAAAAUGGGUUAGACGUUGGUUCUGCUUACGCCCCGAUCACUGCUUAUAUUAUUACAAAUCAGAACAGGACACACAACCCGUUGGUGCUAUUUUACUGACAAAUCACUCAGUCGAGAGCUGCUCCGCUGAUAUUGGCAGGCCGUUCGCAUUUCGUAUUUCAUUAUCUGAAGGUGCUCCGCUAUACUUAGCGGCCGAUACAGAAGAAGCCGUUAAUCGCUGGGUCGCAGUGACCAGUCACGCAUCGAAGCAAAGUGAUCCAUGGCUCGAAAUGAGCACUCGAAAUUUGCGAUUGCCACCAAGUAGCAUACCACGUCCAGAUUGCUUUGGUUAUCUUCUAAAAUUGGGAAAUCGAUGGAGAACAUGGUCGAAACGCUAUUGCGUACUCAAAGAUGCCUGCUUAUACUUUUAUUUGGAUGGCAGCAGCAAAAAUGCUCUUGGAAUGGCUUGUUUGCAAGGAUACCGUGUAUCCAUUUCAAACAAUGCAGUUGGCAAGAAGUAUGCAUUUGAAAUAUCUCCGCCGGAACCAAAGCUGCGUCACUAUUGCUUUAGUACUGAUUCGGACAUGGAUAAAAAGAGAUGGGUUGCUGCACUCGAAUACUCAAUCGAUCGUUGGAUGAAGGCUUCGUAAAUUGUAGAUUCAAUGCAAGUGCAAUUCUGCAUCAAGACUCAUGAUUCGCGAUCGUUGAUCAUCCCCAAUGGUCCACAAACUAAACAAGCACUUAUGAUAAAAAAAAAAGCAUGAAUAUUAUUGUAUUUCAACUAGACUAGACCUGAACUUAAAUUAGGUAAUCGAACAACAAGCUUUCCCCGUGUUUUCUGUGGUCGGCGACCACUGGUCGCUAAUUUAAACGAAGAAAAAGAGAAAGAAAAAAAAAUAACUAAACCUUAUUCAUUACAUUAUGAAUUCACUGAAAAUGGAACUAGUUAGUUUAGAUAUAGACCUCUUACAAGAAAUAAUCUAUACCGUUUUCAGUUCAACUGAAACUAUUCACUUGAAUGUUAAUCAUUUAGUUUAAACUGUACUCUGUAUCUGACAACCGACAUACUAAACACAAAACGAAUGCGUCAACAGGUCGUGGUUCUGCCGAAAGUUAGAAAUUGAGUUAAUUUUAUUCCAAGUACAGAUAUAACGUGGUCGUGGAUGGAACGACAGUAUGAGCCGCAUACAUAUUUUGUGCCAAAUCUUAUGUGUUAUUUCAGUCACUUCUGUUGAAAAAUGUCGGCAACUUUUUCCAUUCUAUUUCAAUAUGACAUUGUUAUCUCAUUUAUAUAUAUAUAUUCUAAUCAACAUUUAUUUGAAACGUUACUUCAUGAAACAGAUUUUUAUUAUGACAACAACAAAUUUCCAUCAAAUUAAUCAAACUUCAAUCAUUUUUAAUCAAAAGUAAAUUCAUCCAUUUAUUCAUUUGAAUAUGUAUGCUACUUUUCAGGGCGAUACGUUUUAUGCGCGAAUAAAGAAAAGAACAUUUAAUUCAAAAUAAAUUUAUUUAUACACCGAUUAUUAUAUUUGAAGAACAACAUUUUAAUCAAAUUAUUAAACAAAUUUCUUAUUUCUUGUUGAAGCAUUGCAAAUUCUAAUGAUAUAAAAUUCUAAACUGUGCGAUUUUUUAUUUUCGUUUAAAUUGUCCGUACAGAAAAUUGAAACACC